AUUAGGUCUCCGCUCCCCCAGCAGCAGUUAGCCGUUAGCCGCUAGCAGCCCCGGUCCCGGUCCCGCUGCCCUCUCUGCUUCACGGUUCCGCCGCCCCAAAACCAGCCCAGACCCGCCGGAUCUCUCCCGCUCACGCCGGGACCAGAGCCCCAUGGACGGGGAGGAGGACGACUUCGUGUCCGGGACCGUCUCCGAUGACGGUGGUGGAACUCCCGUUCAGGACGAGCACCCUCCGUCAGACGGGGAGGAGAUGAGGAGCGACGGCCGUCAGUCCGAGGACGACGGGAGCAACGACGAAGACGCCUCCAACGCCAUGGAAACCGGCGAGGCGGCCAGCGGCUCCGACAACGAGGACCGCCGCCGCGCCGACAGCGACGACGACGGCGAGGCCCCGAAGGGCCACGGUAACCACGACGACGAGUCGGAGGCCGAGGCCCCGCGGCCCGCCGACAGCGACGACGACUCGCCGGUCAAACGCAGGAUGAGCGGCUCGGACAACGAGGAGGAGGAGUCUCCGGUCAAACGCAGGAUGAGCGGGUCGGACAACGACGAGGAGGAGUCUCCGGUGAAACGGAGGAUGAGCGGGUCGGACAACGACGAGGAGGAGUCUCCGGUGAAACGCAGGAUGAGCGGGUCGGACAACGACGAGGAGGAGUCUCCGGUGAAACGCAGGAUGAGCGGCUCCGACAACGAGGACUCGUCGCCCGUCAAACACAGAGCUUCAGACAACGAGGAGGACGAGUCGCCGCCCGCCAAACGCAGGGGCGGCGCGGAGGACGGCGAGGGCGGCGCUAACGCGGCCGGCGCUAACGCGGCCGCCGCCAACAGCGACUCCGACAACGAGGAAACCGCUGCCGCGGCGGCGUCGCCGAAGCGCCGCUCCGACAGCGACAGUGACUCUGACACAGAGACGGCUGGCCGGAGGAAGAAGAAGGCGCAGACGGACUCGGAGGAGGAGAAGGAGGAGGCGGGAGGAGGAGGAGGCAGGAAGUGGAAGGCUGUCAUGCAGUCGGACAGCGAGGAAGAGGAGGAGGAAGGACGGCAGAGGAAGGCUGGAGGAAGUGAUGGAGAGCAGCAGCAGGAGAGGAAGGGGGAUGACAGCGAGGACGACGACGACAAGCCAGUGAAGAGGAAGAAGGCUGUGCUGUCGGACAGCGAGGACGAGGAGAAGAACGACACGCCAGCACCAAAGAAGAGCCGGGCCGUGUCGGACAGCGAGAACUCGGACAGCGAGGACGACGACUACCGCGGCCCCGACAAAAGCAUGGCGGCCAAACUGAAGGAGCUGGGCUCGGACAGCGGCAGCGACGAGGACGAGGCCAAGGCCGCGGGGGGGCAGAAGGACGAGAAGGCUUUGUUCGGCAGCGACAGCGAGUCCGGAGGAGAAGACGAGGAAGAGAAGAUGAUCGCAGACAUCUUCGGGGAGUCUGGAGACGAGGAGGAGGAGGAGUUCACGGGCUUCAACCAGGAGGACCUGGAGGACAAGAAGGAGUCCAAGGAGGCGCAGCAGGUGGAGGACGAGUCGGACUCUGACGAGGGCGUGCACCGCGGAGGACACGACACCAGCUUCAUGUCCGACUUCGACAUCAUGCUGGCCAAGAGGAAAGCUCUGAACAGCCGGAAGAGGCGGCACCGCGACGGAGGAACCUUCAUCAGCGACGCCGACGACGUGGUCAGCGCCAUGAUCAUGAAGAUGACGGAGGCUGCAGAGGAGGACCGGACUCUGAACGCCCAGAAGAAACCGGCGCUGAAGAAGCUGACGCUGCUGCCGCAGGUCGUCAUGCACCUGAAGAAGCAGGACUUGAAGGACACGUUCAUCGACAGCGGCGUCAUGUCGGCCAUCAAGGACUGGAUCAGCCCUCUGCCCGACAAGUCCCUGCCGGCUCUCCGGAUCAGGGAGGAGCUGCUGCGGAUCCUGCACGAGCUGCCCAGCGUGAGCCAGGAGACGCUGAAGCACAGCGGCAUCGGCCGGGCCGUCAUGUUCCUGUACAAACACCCCAAAGAGUCCCGAUCCAACAAGGACCUGGCGCUCAAGCUCAUCAACGAGUGGUCCCGGCCCAUCUUCGGCCUCACCUCCAACUACAAGGGCAUGACGAGGGAGGAGCGGCAGCAGAGAGACCUGGACCAGCAGAUGCCCCAGAGACGCCGCCUCAGUCGCCCCCCCCAGGUGGAGAGGACGGAGGAACCCGACGUCUUCUCUCCUCCAACCAGCUCGGGGGGACAGACGCCCCGGAGAGACCUGGAGAAGCAGCUGACGGGGGAGGAGAAAGCGCUCCGCCCCGGUGACCCCGGGUUCUGUGCUCGGGCCCGGGUCCCCAUGCCGUCCAACAAGGACUACGUGGUCCGGCCCAAGUGGAACGUGGAGGGAGAGUCCACCAGGAAUCCCAUGAAGAAGGGCAUGUCCCGCGUGGACAAACAGAUGCGCCGCUUCGCCGACAUCCGCCGCCUGACCAAGCCGGGCCACGCCGUGAAGAUCAGCGUGGAGGGAAACCGGAUGCCGCUCUGAUGUUAUCACCGCUAUUUUUUAGAAUUUAUUCCUUUCCUUUUUUUAGUACUUUGUGUGAGAACCGGUCCCGGUUUGUUGAACCGGUCCCGGUUUGUUGAACUGGUCCCGGUUUGCUGAACCGGUCCCGGUUUGCUGAACCGGUCCCGGUUUGUUGAACUGGUCCCGGUUUGCUGAACCGGUCCCGGUUUGUUGAACUGGUCCCGGUUUGCUGAACCGGUCCCGGUUUGUUGAACCGGUCCCGGUUUGUUGAACUGGUCCCGGUUUGCUGAACCGGUCCCGGUUUGUUGAACCGGUCCCGGUUUGUUGAACUGGUCCCGGUUUGCUGAACCGGUCCCGGUUUGCUGAACCGGUCCCGGUUUGUCGAACCGGUCCCGGUUUGCUGAACCGGUCCCGGUUUGCUGAACCGGUCCCGGUUUGUUGAACCGGUCCCGGUUUUGUGAGACCGGUCCCGGUUUUGUGAGACCGGUCCCGCGAGUCCUCCUCAGGUCCAGCUCUGCCUUACCGAGGACUCGGGUCAGAAUGUGAAUAUCUGCUGUAAUUUACCUGGUCCUUCACAAUAAAACUCUCUGACGUCCAG